AUCCGACGGCCGGGGCCGCUUCAAGGGCGGUCAAAGCGGGCCGGGUCCCGGUCGGUCGCCCACCCGUCCCGCAGACCCAGGCAAGGCGAGGAACGAACUGAAGCAGAGGAGGAGCGACUGGAGCAGCCCGGCCGUCGGCCGCCGGCGAAGCUAGAAUAUCUGAAUAACCUCAGUAGCAUCCAUCGAGUGGUGUUCUUUGCCAAUAAGCAAGAUUCUUCAAGGUGAUGGUUGAAUCGCAACACUGCUGAUCUCCAUGUCUGUGGCUCCACACUUCAAUCUUGGACUUGUUCCCAGGGACAUGAAUGGUGGUAUUCCAGUUAGUUCUGCAAAUUCCUCUGGGCCAAGUAUUGGUGUUAGCUCUUUGGUGACCGAUGGCAACUCAUCACUCUCUGGAGGUGCCCAGUUUCAGCAUAGUACGAGCAUGAAUGCUGACUCAUUCAUGCGCCUUCCUUCCUCACCAAUGUCAUUUUCAUCCAAUAACAUAUCUGGCUCGUCCGUCAUUGAUGGGUCCACCAUGCAGCAAAGUCCACCCCAAGAGCAGAUGCAGAAACGGAGAUCAUCUAGUGCAACAUCACAACCUGGAAUUGAGGCUGAUGGUGCAUUUCAUGGUCAGAAGAAGCCAAGGGUUGAUAUUAGGCAAGAUGAUAUCCUGCAACAGCACUUGAUUCAGCAGCUGCUCCAAGGUCAGAGUUCUCUUCAUUUCCAGGGCCAACAUAACCCACAGCUUCAAGCAUUAAUCCGGCAGCAGAAACUGGCACAUAUUCAGCAGCUACAGCAGCAUCAGUUGUCGCAACAAUUUCCUCAGAUUCAGCAAUCUCAAGUUGGCAUACCUCGACAGCCGCAGUUGAGGCCGCCGCUAGCACAGCCUGGGAUGCAACUACCUGGGCCUGUUAGGACUCCUGUCGAGAGCGGGCUUUGUUCUCGAAGGUUAAUGCAGUAUUUGUAUCAUAAGCGUCAGCGUCCAGAGAAUAAUCCCAUAACAUACUGGAGGAAGCUUAUUGAUGAAUAUUUUGCACCACGAGCAAGAGAAAGAUGGUGUGUGUCAUCAUAUGAAAAAAGAGGGAAUUCUCCAAUUGCUAUUCCGACAGCUCAGGAUACAUGGCGUUGUGAUAUUUGUAAUACACAUACUGGGAAAGGAUAUGAGGCUACCUACGAAAUACUUCCUAGACUCUGUCAAAUUCGAUUUGACCAUGGUGUUGUAGAUGAAUAUCUAUUCCUUGACGUGCCCAAUGAAUUCCGGUUGCCCAAUGGAUUACUUCUCCUGGAGCAUACCAAAGUUGUUCAGAAGAGCAUCUAUGAUCAUCUACAUGUUACGCACGAGGGGCAACUGAGAAUAAUAUUUACUCCGGAACUAAAGAUUAUGUCUUGGGAGUUCUGUUCACGACGGCAUGACGAGUAUAUCACUCGCAGGUUUCUAGCACCACAGGUUAAUCAUCUGCUGCAAAUUGCCCAGAAGUAUCAAGCUGCUGCCAAUGAAAGUGGGCCUGCUGGGGUAUCGACCAAUGAUGCACAAGCCAUUUGCAACAUGUUUGCGUCAGCAUCACAACAACUAGCGAAAAAUCUAGACCACCACAGCUUAAAUGAACAUGGGCUUUCUAAAAGAUACGUUCGGUGCUUGCAGAUAUCAGAGGUGGUGAAUAACAUGAAGGACUUGAUUGAUUUCAGCCACAAGAACAAGCUUGGCCCUAUAGAGAGCCUGAAGAACUAUCCCAGACAAAACGGGCCAAAGCUUACAAUGCAGAACAUGCAUGAGGCAAAGGGGGCCAACACAGAAAUUAGCACCCAUGGGAAUAACGAGGCCCCAGGUGUCGGAACCGUUAGUAGCAGUCUGCAGAAUGCCGUGGCACAAAAUAACUACCAGAGUAUGCUGAGAAGCUCAAGUGCAAACCAGGGUUUGCUUCAGCAGGAGGCGUCACAGAAUGCCGCAGCACUAAACAAUUACCAGAGUAUGCUUAGAAGCUCAAGCGCAAACCAGGGUUUGCUUCAGCAGGAGGCGUCCCAGAAUGCCGCAGCACUAAACAAUUACCAGAACAUGCUUAGAAGCUCAAGCGCAAACCAGCUUCAGCAGGAGGCAUCGCAGAACGCUGCGGCGCUGAACAAUUACCAGACCAUGCUCAGGAGCUCGAGCGCGAACCAGAGCUUGCUUCAGCACGAGGCAUCAAGUAUGUUUAAAGGUCCUACAGGAAUGCACAAUGGCGUUCAGCUGGAAGUGUCCAGAUCCUUCCGUGCGGGUCAGCUUGGGCAGUUCCAGCAGCAUCCCAUGUCGUUUCAGCAAGCCAUGCCCCAGCAUCAGCAGAACAGUUUCGGGGCUGGUGCGAGCACACAGUACCAGCAGCACCUUAUCCAGCAGCUGCUGCAAGAAGCCAAGAGUAGCAACAGCCGUGUAAUGGCGCAGCAGCAGCAGCAGCCUCCUAGCGUGUCGGGACCCGUGAUCACCAACAACCCUGCUAGUGGAGACCAGGCACAUCAGAUGAAUAACGGAGCCGUGAAGGGUGCCGCUCCAACAGGUACGACAGGGCCCAGCAAUCUGAUCAACAGUGGAGUCGGCAUCGUCCAACGAUGCAGCAGUUUCAAGUCAGUGAGCAGCAACCCGGCUGCCGGCGUGGCUGCUUCCGGCGGCAACCCAGCGAGUCCCAAGCCGGCGGAGUCCAUGCAUGAGGAGGACGAGCUCGACCAUCUCAUCAGCAGCGAACUCGCGGAGAGCGGGCUGUUCAUGGGGGAGCAGCAGGGUGGCGGCGCGUACUCGUGGAACAUGUGAUGGGAGGGACCGUGAAAUCUCUCAACCUAAAGUUUCUCUCUACUCCCUGAGUCGUGCUUGAUGUAAAAUCGCCGCAAGUUAUUCGGAGUUUUUCUUCUUUUCUUUUGAGCUUUCGUGCUGCGCUGACUGGAACAGUUUCUGAUGAUCAUGCACUGAUUGAACCUUCAGUUGUGUGAGUGUGAGGGAUCUGGCUGGGAAAGUUGUUGAGAGUAGUACACUGCAACCCAGUGUUAUCAAGUAAGGAAUGCCAUGCUCUGUGUUGUUGUCA